CAACUUUGUUUUGCAGCCCUAGGCCGGCGGAGAACUACGAGUGUUUUACCAUUUCUCGUCUUUAACCAAUGUGCCGGCGGUUUAAUUAUCCAAAAUGACGUCCAUUAUCAAGCUGCACACUAUAUCCGGAGCGAUGGACGAGUCCCCGCCUUGCUACAUCCUCCAGAUCGACGAUGUGCGAAUUUUACUCGACUGCGGAUGGGACGAAAAAUUCGACGCCAACUUCAUCAAGGAGCUAAAAAGGCAGGUGCACACCCUAGAUGCAGUGCUGCUGUCCCAUCCGGAUGCGUAUCACCUGGGGGCACUUCCUUAUUUGGUGGGAAAGCUGGGACUAAAUUGCCCGAUUUACGCUACUAUUCCAGUGUUUAAAAUGGGCCAGAUGUUCAUGUACGAUCUGUACAUGUCGCACUUCAACAUGGGUGACUUUGAUCUCUUUUCGCUGGACGACGUGGACACGGCCUUCGAGAAGAUCACCCAGCUGAAAUACAACCAAACAGUUUCGCUGAAGGGCAAGGGCUAUGGGAUAUCUAUUACGCCUUUGAAUGCUGGACAUAUGAUCGGCGGCACGAUCUGGAAGAUCGUCAAGGUGGGCGAGGAGGAUAUUGUCUAUGCCACCGACUUUAACCACAAGAAGGAGCGUCACUUGAGCGGCUGUGAGUUGGACAGGCUGCAAAGACCUUCGCUGCUUAUCACCGAUGCCUACAAUGCACAGUACCAGCAGGCCAGGAGAAGGGCACGUGAUGAAAAGCUGAUGACAAACAUCCUGCAGACAGUGCGCAACAAUGGUAAUGUCCUAAUAGCCGUGGAUACCGCUGGACGAGUUCUGGAGCUGGCCCACAUGUUGGAUCAGCUGUGGAAGAAUAAGGAAUCGGGAUUAAUGGCCUACUCGCUGGCCCUUCUUAAUAACGUGAGCUACAACGUUAUUGAGUUUGCCAAAUCGCAGAUCGAGUGGAUGAGCGAUAAACUCACAAAAGCCUUCGAGGGAGCUCGCAACAAUCCCUUCCAGUUUAAGCACAUCCAGCUCUGCCACUCGCUGGCGGACGUCUAUAAGUUGCCUGCCGGUCCAAAAGUGGUGCUGGCCAGUACUCCCGAUUUGGAGAGCGGAUUCACGAGGGACCUCUUUGUUCAGUGGGCCAGCAAUGCCAACAACAGCAUUAUCUUGACCACACGCACCUCCCCAGGCACUUUGGCCAUGGAACUGGUGGAAAACUGCACGCCGGGAAAGCAAAUCGAGUUGGACGUCAGGCGAAGAGUUGAACUAGAAGGCGCCGAGCUCGAGGAAUACAUUCGCACACAAGGAGAGAAGCUUAAUCCUCUUAUUGUCAAACCCGAUGUAGAGGAAGAGAGCAGCUCCGAGUCCGAGGAUGACAUUGAAAUGAGCGUCAUCACGGGAAAACAUGACAUUGUGGUCCGCCCGGAGGGUCGCCAUCAUUCCGGCUUCUUUAAAUCAAACAAGCGCCACCACGUGAUGUUCCCGUACCACGAGGAAAAAAUCAAAUAUGAUGAGUACGGCGAGAUCAUCAAUUUGGACGACUAUCGCAUUGCUGAUACGGGGGGCUACGAUUUUGUUCCCAUGGAAGAACAGAACAAGGAGAACGUAAAGAAGGAAGAACCGGGCGUGGGAGCAGAUCAACAGGCUAACGGAGGCAUCGGGGACAACGAUGUUCAGCUGCUGGAGAAGCCCACUAAGCUGAUAAACCAGCGCAAAACCAUUGAGGUAAAUGCCCAGAUUCAGAGGAUCGAUUUCGAAGGUCGUUCUGAUGGCGAGUCCAUGCUGAAGAUUCUCUCGCAACUGCGACCGCGCCGGGUUAUUGUCAUUCACGGUACUGCGGAAGGCACCCAGGUGGUAGCCAAGCACUGUGAACAGAAUGUAGGAGCCCGAGUAUUUACGCCCCAGAAAGGCGAAAUCAUUGACGUGACGACCGAGAUUCACAUCUAUCAGGUGCGCCUGACCGAAGGUCUCGUUUCUCAACUGCAGUUCCAAAAGGGCAAAGACGCUGAGGUGGCGUGGGUUGAUGGUCGACUUGGCAUGCGUGUUAAGGCCAUUGAAGCACCCAUGGACGUCACCGUAGAGCAGGAUGCGGCUGUCCAGGAAGGCAAGACAUUAACCUUGGAGACCCUGGCUGAGGACGAGAUUCCCAUUCACAACUCGGUUCUAAUCAAUGAGCUGAAGCUCUCAGACUUUAAACAGAUUCUCAUGCGCAACAACAUUAACUCGGAGUUCUCCGGCGGCGUUCUCUGGUGCAGCAAUGGAACACUGGCCUUGAGGCGUGUGGAUGCCGGCAAGGUGGCAAUGGAAGGUUGCUUGUCUGAGGAGUACUACAAGAUCAGGGAGCUACUCUACGAGCAGUAUGCCAUCGUUUAAUAUUAAAGAUGACGUUUCUUAAAUCUA